UUACCUAUGGCAAAUGUGGCCAUGAUUGACUAUACCUUAGAGUUCCUAACAGCAACUGGAGUGGAAGAAACCUUUGUUUUCUGCUGUUGGAAGUCAGCUGAGAUAAAAGAGCAUUUACAAAAAUCCAAGUGGUGCCGCCACACCUCUCCGAACAUGGUGCGCUUUGUGACUUCUGACCUGUAUCGCUCCCUUGGUGACGUGCUGCGAGACGUUGAUGCCAAGUCCCUUGUUCGUUCCGACUUCAUUCUCGUCACUGGAGAUGUGGUGUCCAAUUUCAAUAUGUCCAAAGCCCUGGAAGAGCACAGGUUGCGUCGUAAGAUGGAAAAGAAUGUUUCUGUGAUGACGAUGAUAUUCAAGGAGUCCUCACCUGGCCACCAUGCCAGGUGCAAAGAGGAUGACAUUGUUAUUGCUAUGGACAGUGCCACAAACCGUGUCCUUCACUACCAGAGAACCCAGGGGCUGAAACGCUUCCGCUUUCCUAUGAAUCUGUUCCAGAACUCUAUUGAGAACGUUGAGGUGCGUCAUGACUUGCUGGAUUGUCAUAUCAGCAUCUGCUCUCCACAGGUGGCUGAGCUGUUCACAGACAAUUUUGACUACCAGACACGGGAUGACUUUGUGCGUGGUCUGUUGGUGAAUGAGGAGGUCCUGGGGAACCAGAUCCAUAUGCAUGUAACAACAGAAGAGUAUGGUGCCCAUAUAUGCAACCUGCUAAUGUACGAAGCUGUGUGCUCUGACAUCAUCCGGCGCUGGGUUUACCCUUUGACUCCAGAGAUGAACUUCACCGAUGACAAGAAUCAGAGUUACAGCCAUUCUAAACACAACAUUUACCGAGGGGUGGAUGUUAGCCUCGGCCACGGCAGCGUGCUGGAAGAGAAUGUACUCAUUGGGCAGGGAACGGUCAUCGGCAGCAACUGCUCCAUAACAAACAGCGUUAUUGGGCAGAACUGUAGGAUAGGUGAUAAAGUCAUUUUGGACGGAGCUUUUCUCUGGGACAGAGUACACGUAGCAGAUGACGUGGAGAUCUGCCAUUCUGUUAUCUGCGAUGAAGCUGAAGUGAAGGAGAAAGUAAAGCUAAAGCCCCACUGUGUCCUGUCUUCUCAGGUAGUCGUAGGUCCUGGCAUCACUCUUUCUGAGGGCACAGUGAUCUCUCUGCACCCACCAGAUGAGGAGGAAGAGGAGGAUGACCAGUUCAGUGAUGAUUCUGGCGUGAACAAAGAGGAAAGCAAAGUGAAACUGAAAGGUUACAAUAAAGAGGAUGUAGGCUUAGAGGGCAGAGGCUAUCUCUGGAAAGCAGAUGACAAGAAUGAAGAGGAUGAAGAAGAGCAGAGACAAAGCCUAUGGGGCCCAACCAUGCAUUCAGAGGAAGAGAGCGAGUCAGACAGCGACAUGAGCAUGGGCUCUGAGGAGCCAGACAGUCGGGCAGCAUCCCCUCAGCUAGAUGACAUCAAAGUUUUCCAGAAUGAGGUUCUGGGUACGUUACAGAGGGGCGAAGAAGAAAACAUUUCCUGUGACAACCUGGUCCUGGAAAUCAACUCCCUCAAGUAUGCAUAUAACAUUGGCCUGAAGGAGAUGAUGCAGGUGCUCAGUAAAGUGAUCCUGGAGUUCCCACUGCAGCAGCUGGAUGCAAACCUGGACUCCCAGAACUAUUUCUCAGCGUUACUUCCCCUGUUGAAGAACUGGACCCCAUUGUUUAAGAACUACAUAAAACGGGCAUCAGAUCACUUGAAUGCCUUAUUUGCCAUUGAGGAAUUCUUCCUGGAACAUGACAGUCUCUGCACAUCAAUAGCUAAAGUGUUGAUGACAUUUUACCAGCUGGAAAUUCUGGAAGAAGAUGUAAUUCUCAAUUGGUUCUCUUUGCGGGACAUGUCUGACAAGGGAAAGCAGCUUCGUAAAAAUCAGCGGCUCCAGAAGUUUAUCCAGUGGCUGGAGGAGGCAGAGGAAGAGUCGUCUGACGGCGACCAAGACUGACGUGGUGGCUCGGCACGAGAAGAGGCACUCUCACUGCCUUUCUGGGCCGAGUGGGCAGGGCAAGAUCAAUGCCAGUGCAUGGUGUGUAGAUGUGGGGCCUGACAUCGAAGUGACUGACAAUCCCAUCAUUAAUUAAGUUGUGUGUUCCCAACCUUGCCACUUCCCUCCCUCCCUCACUUGCCCAGUGGCACCUUAUGUUGGAUGGUUGUAGCCCAGUGUAAAAAACCAUAAGGGAAAAACAGGAGGUGGUGAAACCUAGAAUCCCUCUGGAGCCUGGAUAUGAUAUACUAUAAGCUAUCUUUUGGGAGGUCCUUGUUACUAAUACAAAGGGAGGAACUCGAUGCAAAUUCAUACAACGCCCUUAUAAAUCUAACCAUCGGGGUUGUGGAAGAGUGGUCAUACAGCUAAGUUAUUUGGAGUCAUUGUUGCUUGUGGAGCUAAGAGAACUCCUGCUUGGCAAGGUUGGUGCGUAGGAGCACGUGGAUUACGAUCUGGAGUGCAGGACUGGGAUUCGGGAGUUCCUGUGCCUGGAGAAGAUGCAGUUGUCUGAGGAUGCCCAAGGCAUUUUGCAGCCUAGAAGGCACUUCUGUGAUCUUUCCAAAAGGGAAAAUCUCUUGCCAUCUGCCGUGCUAGGAUCUAACACAAGGUUGCACAGUAGAGUUGGUAAAACCAUGUGUUUCCCCCUUCUGUAGAACGGGGGAUAAUACGUGUUCAGUUCCCCCUGCGGGGGUUGGCUAACAGUGGAUGUGCACUGGCCAGUGAAAUGCUGUAUGGAUCACCGCAUCUUAGAUGUGAUCUGUCUUCUGUGCGUCCCCAGCUUAGCAGACAUGUUUUAGAAAAGUGUCUGUUUCUUUAUUUUUUUUAUGAAGAGGGAGCAGAGGUGCCUGGCUCCUCCUGCUGCACCAACUACACUCGUGUUUUGCUCUGGGGGCACUGGCCGCACCAGCUGCUUUAAGGAGGAUGCAAGUUCCUAAGUUCUGCUCCAGUGUGAAAAGGAGCAAAUGGCAUUUCCUUCAACAGCACAUGCUUUGUGUUUCCACAUGAUUUCAGUUAUAAAAGCUUGCUUCAUGUCCUUUUAUUUAUUUGAAAAUUUCCCUUCCCUCAGACAGCAGGAAAAGUGCUGCAAACCCACUGUAAAGUUCAGCAGCCGCAGAGCAACUCGGCAUGCAGCAGGGAGCCAGUGUGCCUCUGGCACUUUGUUGCCAGCACAGACAAUGUGUGGCAGCAAUAAGGCCUUUAAGAACAGCUUUCUUGGAAGUGUCACUGUGCUGUGUUCUUCCCUGCUCUCAAAGAACAGAGCAAAAAAGGCACGGCGAGAAUCAGCUUGCGUUCAUAGGUGGGUUAUUUGUUGGAUGUGCUGACCUUGCCUCUGCCCCUUCAGGAGGAGCAUCGAAUAAAUCCUUUGCGGGGGGGGGAAUGCACUGGAGCUGCCCACUCGGGAUAUUUACUUGGCCGUUCCGUGGUGCCACAAUUGUCAGUGAGGGGACAGCGUUGGAUGCCGGAGACCAGGGAUACUGCCUCUUAAAAACUGAUGUUCAGGCAGGGCGAUCUUGUGCACUCACACUAUCAGUUGCCAGGAUUGUGCGUAAAUGUGCUUGUUUUCUGACAUUGCAAACUCAAGUCUUGUAAAUGUUGGGGAAAUAGUUGGUAUCUGAAUUUUCUGUAUCUGCCAAUAUUUAAUUCAGGGAGCAAAUAAAAACUAUCCUGGUGUUA